CGGCGCGCGCGCAUGCGCCCUGGGGCGCCGUGUCGGAUGUCACGUGACCUGAGGUAUUAUGGAGGAAGGAACUGCGAUGCGUAUUUCACGAAAACAUGUUGUUUUUUUACGCAUAACUUCGGUUUUAUAGAUCAUAUCGCGCCCAGAUUUCGGCAGGCGACAGAGUGAGUUCCCCCGACCGUUCCUGCGGAGUUUGCCGGGGAAGCCGCCAUGAUGUCUGCUGGCGGGGACACUCCCGAGGACGUGCGGAAACACGGAUACCUGCGGAAACUCAAGGCGAGGUGGACGUUGAGACAAGACUAUUUGUAUGUAGGGACGAUGAAGAAGCGUUACUUCGUUCUUCACGCGAAGAGCAGCGCGGGGGCCGCCCGGCUGGAGUAUUUCGACAACGAGAAGAAAUGGCGUCACGGCGCGGCGCCGAAACGCACGAUUUUCCUGCACCACUGCUUCAACAUCAACAAGAAGGACGACGGGAAGCACAAACACAUGAUCGUGCUGUACACGCGCGACGAGUGCUUCUCAUUGGUCGCUGACACUGCCGACGAACACGACACGUGGCUCGCCGUGCUCAAGGACCUGCACGAGUCGGGCUCGCAGGAGGGCUUCAUCAGUAAACAAAACUUUGAACAUGUGUGGCAGGUGACGCUGAAGCCAAAAGGCCUGGGCAGCUCCAAGAACCUGACUGGGCAGUACCGCCUCUGUCUCACAGCCAACAGCAUCACUCUGCUCAAGAUGAACUCUGAGGAACCGGCUAUGGACUUCCAGUUAACCCAGAUCCGGCGGUGUGGCCACGUGGAAAGUUUUUUCCUGAUGGAAGUCGGCCGCUCGGCGGUGACUGGCGCCGGUGAACUCUGGAUGCAGGUCGAGGACACGCUGGUCGCACAGAACAUGCACGAGGCCAUCCUCAGCUCGAUGAAAGCCAUCAGUUCAGACGACGAGUUCCGGCCGCGCAGCCGCAGCUCCGGUUCGUCCAACCCGCUGCCGGUUCCCGCGGGGCGGCGCAUGACCGGGACCGUCCCCACCAUGGCGCUGAGCCACACCCUCCCCACCCGCAGCCGCAUGCGCUGCGACUCCCUCCCCACCGCCCCGGGGAGAGGCGGCGCCAGGUACCGCACCACCAGCGAGGGCGAGAUGAAGACCAACAGUCCUGUCAGCCCCAGCAGAAAUCGGACACGGUUAUCAGCGAUCCACCAGCGGAGCAGCCCGCGGUCCGUCAUCGGGUCCCACGGCAUGUUCAACCGCUCCGUGUCGGCCGCGGGCUCCCUCUCACAGUCCCCCAUCUCAGGCAGCCCGCUCAGCCCCAGCCCGACAGGCUUCGCGUCGGACCAGUACGCCCACCCACUGCCGAUCAGCCGGGGCCUGAUGGAGUACACCAGCGACGGGAGUACGGUCUCCAUGGACGAGUAUGACUCCAGCCCAGCCUCCAGCGAUCACUAUUUGCAGCGGUACGUCCCCUCCGGCCGAAGCCUGACCCCAGACUCCCCCAGCCACACGCCCAUCCGAGAGGAAGGUGGGGGGGACGGAUAUGUUCCUAUGGCACCUGCAUUCCCAGGUGGCUACCCCACGCGGUCGGCGCCCCAGGACGUGGGUUACCCGACCCGCUCCACACCCCAGGAGGGGUCGUACAUGCCGAUGUCGGGCGGGAUCGGGCGCGGGAGCCCCACGACGCUGAGCUCGCGGCUGGAGGACGGGUACAUGCCGAUGUCGCCGGGGACCCCGCCCACGACAACCGACAUGAGACUGGACGAGUCCUACAUGAGCAUGAGCCCUUCGAGUGUUUCGGCGCCACGACAGAUAGUCACCCGUCGCCCAGCCAACGGCGACCCGUACGUGACGAUGUCACCGGGAAGCCGGUCACCUGACCACGCGGAGUACAUGCAGAUCUGGGCCAAUCAGAGACCGGAUAACAGACAGAACAACAACAACAACGAUGACUCAUCCUAUAUGAGCAUGUCUCCAGUGGCACAGGCACUGCCAAACACUUCAAUUCCAGACACGUAUAUCGUGUACUCCCCGUCCGCGGAAUCGUCCCCGCCGGCUGCCGUAAUCGAGAAGGGUCAGAUGGAGGCUACGGACGGCUACGUUCACAUGGAGAUGCAGCCGCGCAGAACCGGCACAGAAACCGCUCGCAGAACCGGACAAACGACCCAGGACGACAACUACAUGGCCAUGGACUUCGGCGCGAAGGGCUCGGAGCGGCUGUCGGCGUCGGAGCGGUUAUCGUCGUCUCUCCCCGCAGAGCACCAUCUAUCGUCAUCGCCGGGGGGAACCAACCGUCCAACCACGCUCAGGCUGACCAAUCAGCACGAGUACAUCAACGUGACGCCCACCGCCGCACCCAACGACGGCUACGCGGUCAUGGACUACAUAUCGGGUGACGGCGGGGUCGCGUCCUCAGACGAGUCGCGAACCUCCGCGGCUGACGGGAAAACGUCGACAUCUGAGUCCGGGAUCUAUUCGGGUGAGGAAUCUGGCCGGCCGCGCAGCCCGGGCGAGUACGUCAAUAUCGAUUACAGUACCAAGGGCGCGGACGGGCCGGGCUCAGAAGGGGACGGCUCCGAGUACAUGAACUUGACAUAUCCGUCGGAGAAGCCCUCGCCAAAGAUCCACGUGAGCGAUUACUCGCUGAUGGCGCCGGUGAGCAUCGCGGAGCGUCCGGAGAAGGGCGCGGGAAAGUCUCCGGGGCUGCUGAAGCAGGACAGCCUGACCAGCGAGGACGAGGGGCUGUCGUCUCAAGGGGUAAUCCGACACUCCCCGGUGUUCAGCACGUCCGCGGACAUCUCCGUGGUGAAGAACUCGAAGGAGAGUCCGGAGGGCGGCGCCAGCCCCGUAACCGUGGAAACUGCAGCCGGUGCCAGCCCAGUAACCGCGGUAACCGGCGCCAGCCCGGUGUCAGGCAGUUCGUACGAGAACGUUUCACUGGGGUCGCGUCAGGGCGGCGGGCUGACCCAGUCUUCCCAGCCGGGCUCGCGGCACUCGUCCGUCAGCAGCGAGAAGGAACUCAACUACAUCUCGCUGGACCUGCCCUCCGACGAGGGCGAGGGCGCCGCCGGCGACGACAACCCCGUCGCCAAGGCAACGCGCUCGCCGCGCAGCAGCGUGAGUUCGGAGGACAAGGCUGACGAGAAUCCGUACGCCAGCAUCGACUUUACUAAAUCCGAGGGGCUGCGCAACACCUCGCCCAAGUACCACGAUCGGGACGGCAGAUUCUGAUCACCAUGGUAACCAGGGGUGUCGUCAUGGUUACCAUGGGAGGGUGUCUGCCGCAGAAAGCGAGAACUUCUGUACAAAGACUUUGUUCAGUGAUCCUUCUGUAUGAACUUGUAAGAAGCUGAUUUGUAAGUAUUUGGGCCGUGUCCUGUGCAUUCUGCAGCGCCUCGGGUCUGCACUUGUGGAAAUACACUGUACAGAGAUAUGACAUGAUAUAUGAUAUGAUAUGAUACGAAAUGAAAUGAAUGAAUUUUGUCCCAUAAUUUCCGCCCUGUGUGGUUCCGGCCCGUGUCCGGGCGGGGCCCAGCCCGUAACCGGGCGCUUCAUGUGCAACAUUUCUGCCGUUGUUUUUACGUCGCGCGCCAGAAAUGCGCUCGGAUCAAGGACUGAAAUUCAAACCUCUCAGAUUACCAGGUCUGUACAGACCAGCCUGGAGA